AUGACGACCCCGGCAGCCUCCCCGGGCGGCGUCGACUACAGUGAAAAACUCCAUAACGCCGCCGAGGAGGCUCGGCGACGGCAACGCGAGGUCCAGCGCGCCACAGACGCCCAGCGAAGCGGCCAAGAACCUCCCCUUACGGACGAUUUAAAGUCCGAGGGCGAGCGCUGGUGGCCGCGGGUGAAUCAAAACUGGUCCGGCUCGAUGUUUGGCUCGCCCUACGACAAGAACAAAAAGAGGAUGGACGGGAUGUACGUGCCGGAAUUGAAAGAGAUGAUGAGCCCAGAUAAGCCGCAGGAGAUCAGUUAUGAGGGAGAUAAUUUUUUCAUUAACUCGAGCUGGCAUAUGAUUGAUGAGACCUUUGAGAAUACGCGCCGCCUUAUCCCACCCCCAAGCUUUGAUCCCGCAAUAGACGCGAUCGAUGACGAGGGCUUUAUGGAUCAACAUGUCUUGCUUGAGAUUCAAAAGGCUGUGGAGGAAGAUAAACGACUCUUGGAGGCGUUCGGGAACCCGAUGCUCGUCGAGGAUCAGAUCGACUACCUCCUCGCCCCGCAGAGAGAUGGGCAGGAUAACAUCCAGCAACGCCAGGAGUUUAACGGAUUCGUCCACUGGGGCCUCCUUCACGGCGCGCACAUGAUUCUGGAGGAAAACCACGAUAUCAAAAGGGCGCACGAGUUUGUGAACCGUUAUAUGCGUGAUAUCGACCUCUUCCAGAAAUGGCUCGAUCACCCGAAGGUGCGCGCACACAUCCAAAAGAAGUUCGGAAUCGACAUGCACGCAAAAUUUGACAAGCUCAUGGCGCUUACUAUGGCGAUGUACACCCGUUCAAAGAUCCAGGUCUACGAAGACGACCCGGCCGGCGCUCUCAAGUCCCUCACCGCGUCCAUGAGCUUUAUUUCGGGAGGUGCGGAUAUGAGCAACGAGCGGCAUCGAAAAGCCCUAGGGGCAGUACUUGUUGCGCGCGGAAUGGUUUACUGCAAGCUGAAGUCCUUUGAGCGCGCCGAUGACGACCUCACGCGUGCGUUGGCGUUUGUGAAGUCGGAUCACUCGCCGACGCUUUUCCAGCUCCGUGCUGAGGCUCGGGAGGCGUUGGGCCGUAUUGAUGAGGCCCGUGCUGACGAGGAGAAAGCGGCCGAGAUAUGGGAAAAGGCCGAGGUCAUCACACCCGGUAUGGAGGGCAAGCCCCAUAAAUUUGUUGUUUAG